AUCGAGGAAAAUGCGCUGCUGGGAAAAGCUGAAGGCUAGUAUGAAGCCCACUGACGAAAAAGACUAUAAGCGAAGAAUUACGCGUGGUUUUUGGUCUGGACUCUGUGUCGGCUCCUUUUUCGGAGGUGUGAGUACCGUGUGGGUACGACCUCCAUAUCGUACUCCUGUAAAUCCCACGACGUUGACCCAAUCUGCCAAGAUGAUUAUCCGUCCUGCAAUCAUUCUGGCUCUUGCGGGUUCGGCUUAUGAAGGAUUCGGAUCUUGGAUGUACACAAUUCGUGAGAAGAAUGACUGGUGGACCUAUUUUGUGUCAGGCUCUGCGGCUGGUGCUGUCGUAGGCCUCUCGCGUGGUAACGUCCCAGACUUGCUGAAGAUGACUUUCUUCGUGGGCGCUCUGGCCUCCGUUCUCGAGUCCUGUCGUGCUCACCACGGUGUGGGUCCUACGCUGAAUGCUCGUAUCGAAAAGAAGAGCAAGGUACUCCCGGAUCCCGUCCCCCGUGAAGAAAUGCAACAUUAACGAAACUUAUUUU